AUGCGACGUAGUCGUAGCAAUCAAAAUGGAGGACGACAUACUCCAGUCGUUGGAAUAACUCCAUCCGUAACAAUACAUUGCUAUAAUCGAGACAAGAUGCCGUUGCUUGGUCAACAAGUUUCGUCAGUGUCGACUCCCGUUUCCGUCCAUAAAGACAGUUUUCAAAACGGCAGAGGAAGUGAUAGUUUAUCGAAAAAAUAUAAAUUGGGAAGUUCGAUGAUGACGUAUGCGACGAAUCAACCCGUACCGGAAAUUGCUCAUCCGCCGCCGACGACGAUGCCUGUGACGACACUGUUGACGUCAUCUCAUUCUGGCUCAAAUUUUCAAUAUCAGAAUAAUAAUAAUAAAUCGGGGGUGUCGUCGUCGUUGUCGUCGUCAUCGUCGCCGCCGGCGCCGGCGCCAUCGUCGGGAUCGUCGUCCGGUGCGACGACGGCUGCGGCAGCUGCGUCGUCUGCACCACCAACAACGUCAUCGUCGUCGUCGUUUUCGCAACAAAAAUACGUCAAAUCCAUGCCAUCCGCCGUUGCCAACGCACAUUCCAAUCUUCGUUUUCCUUUAGGCUCUCAAUCGGCAAAUAAUUUAGUUUUAGAUUUAAACGCGGUUCGAGGUGGUCCUCAAACGUCGCAACCGUCUUCGAACAAUAAUCAUAAUCUAUGUAAUAAUUGUACGUUAGCAAUACAAAACGAUGGUGACGUAAGCGAAAUCGAAGGUAUCGAUACUUCGAUUAUCGAAGAAUCCAUAUUGGAAACGUUUCAAAGAAUCGAUGCUCAACACGUAAGCAAUAGCACGGAUGUGGAGGAUGAGGAAAAUAAGAAAAUGUCGAUAAUAGAAAAUCCGCUGUCGUCGGAGAGCGUGGUUUUAGAUCGCACGCACGGUGACGACGUGAAAACCAUUCCAUCAUCGUAUCAGAUAACGGGCGGAGAUGUAUCGAGAUCGAAAGAUGUCGGAAUACACAGCAUGAGCACCUGCAGCGGAAGUCACGGGAAAUCAUACGGUCAGCAGUGUUCUUUCAACGGUUUUCCUUCACAAUAUCAAUCCUCGCAUUCUCAAAUGAGUAGCGAAAUGAUGUUGUUAAACAAUAGAGUCGACGAAUUAACCAAACAAUUGCAAUCAUUAGAACAUUCUGUUGCGAGCGACAUAAGGUUAAUAUUAAAUCUUCUUCAGCAACAAGUCAGCGAACAAAGAAAUCAACAACAACAACAACAGCAACAGCAACAACAGUGUAACAACGUAAUGGAAUCGAAUCGUUCCGAAUUAGAUUCGAACGACGGAUUCGAAAAACGUGGUGGCGGCGGCGGUAGUCAUGGCGUAAUGCAAAGAAGUCUUAGCAUUCCUUACGGUUCAAUAAUUGCUCACAGUAGAAAAUCUCCAUCCAUGGACCUUUCGCAGUCUUGGGUCGGCGGACAACAUGGUUCUCACAUGAGAAGCAGUUCGGAUUCCAACAGAUUUUCAUCCUAUCAAACGGAUACCGAUUCGAUCGAUGGUAGUAAUCGUAACAGAUUGCAACCAUAUUUUACGAAAAAAGAUUCUUCUCCGUCGUCCAACGCCGCCGCAGCCGGUGUCGCCACCCCCACCACCGCCGGUUGUUACACGAACAACAAGAAGCAAUACCAUUCGAAAGAAACACUCUUCGCGGGCGAUGAAAAUUAUUUGAAAAAAAUAACGGAUCCUUCUUCGAAAUCUUUGAGCGACACGAACGUGACCAUAUUGAUCGAUUCGACUCCGAGUCGAUCCCUGAGUCAACCCAUAAACAUGACGACGACGACGACGCAGGAUGCCACGUUUGAAAAAAUGAACGAAAUGAGAGAUGAUAGAAAAUCCGGAGCUUAUGACGCGACGAAAGAAAAAGACGAAACGAAAAGAUAG